AUGAAGAAUUUUGCUACCUUUGCAGCUUUUGCUGCUGGGGCCAACGCUCUUGUCUCCCGCGAUAACAGCUGCUGCUUCCAUAUCACAGCUUCUGGUAAGACCUCUGGCACUGUCGGCCAGCUUGGUGAUGGACAGAACCGUAUUGGUGGUGGCCUCCCUGAGGCCCAGUUCUGUCUAGACUCGAACGGUGGUAUCACAGAUGGAAGUGGACGUGGCUGUAUCAUAACUUCUCCCACCACGCAAUUCCAGUGUGACCUUGGCGCCACGCCCGAGACAGGCUUCUCAAUCAGCUCGAGUGGCGAGCUCGAAUUUCAAGGCAGUUCGGCGUUUGUUGCCUGCGAGACUGGUGACAACAAUGAGCUGAAUAUCUAUACUACGGAGAGUUCCGAUGUAACCAACUGUCAAGAUGUCAAAUUGACCGUGGACGCUUGCGCGGGAACUUCCUCCGCCUCUAGUUCUGCCCCCGUUACUUCGUCAUCUCCAGCGCCCCAGCCUAGUCCCUCCGUUCCAAGCGUUGCACCAUCUCCGAGCACUUCUGUGCCAGCUACCCCAGGCCCGGAAUGCAGCGGCUCUACCUCCUGCGAGCCCACGACAGUCACCGUUUUAACCACUGUGACCGUCACUUCCUGUGCUUCUGGGACGGGUUCCGUUCCUCCUCAGACAGUCCCUAGCGAGUCCAGCACUUCGGGUACUGCUCCCUCUACCUCGGGUACUUCCCAUCCAGGAUCCCCCCCUGGAGUGCCGCCUCAGUCCUCUGCAACUCAACCCUCUACAACUCAAUCAUCUGCAACUCAAUCAUCUGCAACUCAAUCAUCUGCAACUCAAUCAUCUGCAACUCAAUCAUCUGCAACUCAAUCCUCUGCAACUCAACCCCCUGCAACUCAAUCCUCUGCAACUCAACCCCCUGCAACUCAACCCCCUGCAACUCAGUCCUCUGCAACUCAACCCUCUACAACUCAAUCAUCUGCAACUCAACCCCCUGCAACUCAACCCCCUGCAACUCAGUCCUCUGCAACUCAACCCUCUACAACUCAAUCAUCUGCAACUCAACCCCCUGCAACUCAAUCAUCUGCAACUCAACCCCCUGCAACUCAAUCAUCUGCAACUCAAUCAUCUGCAACUCAAUCAUCUGCAACUCAAUCCUCUGCAACUCAACCCCCUGCAACUCACUCCUCCCCCCAGACCUCCGGUACUUCCUCUACCUCCCAGACUUCUGCAGGAUCUACCGUUCACCCAACCAGCACGGCUACCUCGUCGGCUGGAGCUAGCUGCCCGACCAAUCUGUCUGGCGAGUACGAGUACCCUCAUCUGAUCAUCCCCAUUGACUCCUCAUCUCCCAACACCGCUGCGGGCACCUCCUUCAACGGCACUGUAUCCUCCACCGUCUCAACAAUCUUCAACUUCGACAUUCCCAGCUCGGAUUCCGGAAAGACUUGCAGCCUUAUUUUCUUGUUCCCCAAGAAGGAAGACCUUGAGACUUCCUCCUACUCAUUUAGUGGAGAUGGAAAGGUCAAGUUCGAGGCUCUUGAAUCGCCUGCCAGCAGCUCUACCACAUUUAGCAACGCUCCAGCGGUCAAGCAGGACUAUGGUGAACUCACAAUUUCUCCUGGCAACUCAUAUCUUAUCUCCUCCUUUGCCUGCCCAGCGGGUCAGGCUAUUGGAUUCGAGAUGACGAAUGCCGGAAGCACCGACCUGGACUUCUUCCAGGAUUACAAUCCUUCUCCGUAA